CCCGAAUCCCACAUCUCCCUCCUUUUCUCUCUCUCUCUCUCUCUCUCUCUCUCUCUCUUCCUUUCUCUGAAAAUUUCAUAACUAUGUGCCAGUUAUCUUCGCCUCCUCAUUCUUGCAAAACCAAUUUAGACCCAUCAACGAAAGACGAAGUACAGAAACCUGACACGCUAACUCCUUUGGUCCUCAAGAAUUCAACGUUUCACUCACUGAAGCAAAAUCCAGAAAAGACCCAUCUUUCUCUAGCAAUCAAUGAAGCAAAAUGCAUAGCCAACAUUGCUCUUCCCAUGAUAUUAACUGGUCUUCUUCUCUACUCUCGCUCCAUGAUCUCCAUGCUCUUUCUCGGCCGCCUGGGGGAUCUCGCUUUAGCCGGUGGUUCUCUUGCUAUUGGUUUUGCAAAUAUCACUGGUUAUUCCAUUCUCUCUGGCCUUGCAAUGGGAAUGGAACCCAUCUGCGGCCAAGCUUUUGGUGCCAAAAGAUACAAACUUCUUGGCCUCACCAUGAAGAGAACUAUUCUUUUGCUUAUAUUGAUUUCUUUCCCUAUAGCUUUUUCAUGGUUCAACAUGAAAAAGAUUCUUCUCUUUUGUGGCCAAGAAGAAGAUAUAGCCGCAGAAGCACAAACCUAUAUACUUUACUCUCUCCCUGACCUUAUAUUGCAAUCCUUUUUACACCCUUUGCGUAUAUACCUCAGAACUCAAUCCAUAACUCUACCUCUAACGUAUUGUGCAGCAAUUUCCAUUCUUCUCCAUAUACCCAUAAACUAUUUUCUUGUCUCUGUACUCAAUCUCGGAACCAAAGGUGUUGCUCUAAGCGGGGUAUGGACCAACUUCAAUCUCGUAACUUCACUGAUCAUCUACGUUAUGGUCUCUGGCGUGCACAAGAAAACAUGGGGUGGGAUUACAUUGGAGUGCUUAAGAGGGUGGAAAUCAUUAUUGAAUUUGGCAAUACCAAGUUGCAUCUCGGUUUGCCUUGAAUGGUGGUGGUACGAGAUCAUGAUUAUGCUAUGUGGGCUGUUGUUGAAUCCAAGAGCAACCGUUGCUUCAAUGGGAAUAUUGAUUCAGACUACGGCUUUGAUAUACAUUUUCCCAUCUUCUUUAAGUUUUAGCGUGUCGACGAGAGUGGGUAAUGAAUUGGGUGCAAAUCAUCCCCAAAAAGCAAAGCUUGCUGCUAUAAUUGGUCUGUGUUCAAGCUUCGCGUUGGGAUUUUCCGCAUUGUUUUUUGCAGUAAUGGUUAGAAAGGUUUGGGCCAUCAUGUUCACAGAAGAUGCAGAGAUUAUUGCAUUGACGUCAAUGGUUUUGCCUAUAAUCGGGCUUUGUGAGCUUGGAAAUUGCCCGCAAACAACAGGCUGUGGCGUUCUGAGGGGAACUGCCAGGCCUAAAAUGGGCGCAAAUAUUAACUUGGGAUGUUUCUACCUUGUGGGUAUGCCUGUUGCAAUUUGGUUAAGUUUCUACGCCGGCUUUGAUUUUAAGGGACUUUGGCUUGGUCUCUUAGCCGCCCAAGGCUCAUGCGUCGUGACCAUGUUGUUCGUAUUGACUGGCACCGAUUGGGAAUGGCAGGCCCACAGGGCUAAGGAGCUCACAGGAAAUGUCAACGGUGGUGAUGCCUUUGAAGAAUACGAGACACUCAAGAAUGACAAUGAUUCAUCGGCUUGAUUAAUUCGUCACCAAUAUGUUGACGAUUCUAACCAUAUAUAUAUCUUUUUUAAGUAGCUAGAUUCAAUCACAGGGCUGUAUUAAAUUCAUAUUUUCAUUCAACUCUCCAGAGGAGUUAAUUUUUUUUUUUGUAAAGGGAUUGAAUUAAUUGC